UGACAAAUCUCUCCUUUCUCGUAAAGAAGGAAAUGAGGCCAAAAUUCCUGAAGAUCUGAGAGCCCAAAUUCGUCCCCAUAAAAACCCGGCGGAUUCAAAAAAUCCCAAAAACCCUAGAAAUCGGUGAUGGGGAUCAUAAAGAGCUCCUUCUCCUUCAUAAUGGGCACGGUCACCGGAGUCUACAUAGCCCAAAACUACGCCGUUCCGAACAUCAAGAAGCUCGCCGACACCGCCCUCUUCAUGGCCAAGCAAAUUGAGGAGAAGUACCGCAAGCCCAAGAAGAGAGACGACGACUAGGAUCAGUAGCUUGAUCAAUGAUCGAAAGAUUGUGCGGAGUUUCGAACCCAGGUUCUGAUUUUGGGAGAUUCCUAAUUUUUUUAUUUUAGUUGAUGAAAGAGAUAUUAGUAAAGAAAAAGUGAUAUAAUUUGGGGUGAAUUUGUUACUUUCAGGCUUCAGGUUUACUCUGAGAUGAAAAAUUUGUACCCUUUUUUUUUUACUGUUAGUGAAAGGCUUUGAAGUAGUUUUUGCUCUACA